AAAAAAAUCUCAAGUUGCUUGAAGGGAAUGCGCAUGCCCAUUAGGGGCGGGCCAUUUGCUGAAUCUAAGGUGCAGGAAGGAGUUUUUUGGUCCAGCGGAUGUAAGUGACGGAGCCCCAGCCAAUCGGAGGAAGAGGCACCACCUACAGUCACUUCCGGUUCUGAGCUUGGGCAGUAGGGAGACGGCAGCUGGGAUAGUGGAGUGGCUGUGUCCCCCCCAUUUUGGGUCUCGUGUCUACCAGUAAUUGCGCCCCAGUGUUCGUAGUUACCCUCAGUGGUUCUAAUAGGAGCUUUGCGGCCUGCAGAGAUUUGAUCCGUUUCACCGACGGGCUUGCUUUGGCGCUGCACGGGCAUCAGCCCGAAACCAUAGAGCUGGGUCGGAGGAGGCGACGGCUGGAAGAUACCGCGGCUGCAACACAGGGCUAAUCCUCGAGAAUCUCUGAGAAUCUCCGGGGGUUGAACUCCAACCUCUGUCCUUGGCCUCAGGCAUGGUGGAGGAGCAGCCUGGGGCCUGGUUCGGCUUUGGAUUCUGUGGCUUUGGACAGGAGCCAGGCUUGGGGCGCAGGUGCCAGGUGCUCAGCCCCGAGCCUCUGAAGACCCGCAGGGAUAUCUGCCAUGUGAGCGCGAGCUGGAGCUACACUGCAUUGGUGACCCGUGGAGGCUGUGUGGAGCUGUCGGGCUCUGUGAGUGGCACAGCAGGCGGCUGCAGGGAUGUGUGGGCCUCUGAGAGGCUCCUUGUGCUGCUGCGUGAUGGCCCAGGGUCUCGGGUGGAGCUGCAGGCCUGGGCGCCUGGCUCUGUGCUGCAUGGGGAGCCACUCUGGGCCCAGGAUCCAGAGGCCAAGGGAGCUGCACUGAGUGCUGAGGCCCCGGUGGGGACACUGCCCCUGCUGCCCAGCAGCCAUGUCUACGUGAGUCCGUGGCCACCCUUCCGCCACUGCCUGGCCCCAGAACUUCGUGCACGCCAGCUGGAGCUGGGUGCCGAGCAUGCGCUGUUGCUGGACGCAGCUGGCCAGGUGUUCUCAUGGGGCGGGGGCAGACACGGACAGCUGGGCCAUGGGACGCUGGAGAUGGAGCUGGAGCCACGGCUGCUGGAGGCACUGCAGGGUCUGCCUAUGGCCCAGGUGGCUGCAGGAGGCUGGCACUCGGUGUGCGUGAGCGAGACCAGGGACCUUUAUGUCUGGGGCUGGAAUGAAUCAGGGCAGCUGGCCUUGCCCGCCAGGAGCCUGGCAGAGGACAAGAGGACAGUCACAGGGGAAGGGCUGAACCAAGAGGGUUCUGAAGUAGAGACAGUGGCCGGCACCGAGGAUGGAGCCCCUGCUCCCUUCAUAGCUGUCCAGCCCUUCCCAGCCCUGCUGGAUCUUCCGCUGGGCUCAGAGGCAGUCGGGGCCAGCUGUGGAUCCCGGCACACAGCUGUGGUGACACGAACAGGGGAGCUCUACACCUGGGGCUGGGGUUCUGUUCUGGGAGAAUGUUCCUCAGUCGGAUUCCUUCCUAGGUCUGACAGUGAGUUUUACACAGUACACCUGUGAAAGGUCGCAGCUCCAAUGUAAGUUGGGGACUUCUUGUACACAGUUUGUCUGAUUCUAAACAGCAGAUAACAGUCAUUUUGCACACGUUUUAUUUUGGAGACAAGAUCUUGCAUAUAUCUGCAUAUGACAUGGCUGGCCUUGAACUCGUGGCGAUCUGGCGCUGGGAUUACAGGCAUGCACCACCACGGCUGGCUUUCAUUUUGUGUAUGUUCUUUGAGUUUAACAUUUCCAUUCAGUGUUGCAUGAUUCAUGCGUUGUAUACUGAAGUUCACUCUUUUUUUGUUUUGGUACCGGGAAUCGAACUCAUGACUGUGAGCUUGCUAGGCAGGUGCUUAUGCUGCUGAGCUAAAUCACAGCCCAGUUCAUUCAUUUUUAUGCAAUAAGGUAUCCAUUCUGUGGAUGUAGCUUAAGCUCUGUAUUCUUUCAUUGAUGGUCCCUUUUUGUGGUCUCUGUUUUGUUCCCCAGAGUUCUUGAGGGCACUCGGACAUUGUGCAUUGUUCUGCAAACAUUCACAGUUGGAGACAGCUUUCACCUUACUUUGUGUGUUCCAGCCAGCAGUGAUGUGGGUUUUGCCACAGCUCGGACAUCAGAUGGAUGUCUAGCUGCUUUAAUGUGUGUUUCCCCGAGUGUUAGUGGGCCUGGACAGCUUUUCAUCUGUUUACCAGAAGUUGGGAGUUUUUCUACUGUCGAGUGUCUGUUAAGUCAUCUGUUCUUACUAAAGUUUUGUACUUUUUAGUGAUUUGUAUUCUUAUAUAUUUUAGAUGUAAGUCCUUUGAUAGUUAUGUGUUUUUAAAGUAUUUUUUCUAUGUUGUCAGGUUUUGUUUUUUGGAGACAAGGUCUCACUGUGUUGCCCAUGCUGGCCUCAAACUCACAUCCUCCUGUGUUAGCCUUGUGAGUGCUGGGAUUAUAGGCGUGGGUCACCUUGCAAGGCUGUCAGUUGUCUUUAGAUAUCUUUUGGUAGUGGCAGUUUUGGGGUGAUCGAAGCCAGCGAGUUCAGAGCUGUAUCACCUGCCCUUUUUAUUUUCUUUUGAGACAGGGACUCAUUUAGAGACUAGGCUGGCCUCACACUUGCAAUCUGCCUUUCCCAGUGCUGGGAUCAAGGGUGUGUGCCAUUGUGCCUGGCCUUAUUUUUUAAAUAUUUUGUCCAUAUCUUUGUUUAGCUCUUUGAGCAUCUUUUAGUUAACUGUUAAAAGUUUUUGUUGAUCAGGUCCACAAACUGGUCCUUCUCAAAGAGGUUUUCUGAUUCAUUUUUUCUUUUACCAUCCUGGUUUUUUUUAGAUGCUUUGUGAUUUUAUUGUUGAAACUAGACAUUUGUAUCCUGUAAUGUGAUGUCUGAAAAUGAGACUCUCCUUUCACAGGGUUUGCAUUUUAAAAUCACUGUGUGGUAAGGCUGUGUGUGUGGGAAUUGGCCUGAGGGGUAACUUGAGGUCUUCUUAGGUUUCCUCCCGAGCCUGCCCCUCUCCCUGGAUGUGUGCAGUAGCCAUCAGCUCAGCCGUCUGCUGUGGCACGUCCUAUUUCAGUGUCUGGCUUGCAAAGGGGAAAGCGCAAUCCAGAAGGAACACUAAGCCCAAACCGCUUUGGAGCUGCUUCAGCCAGAGAAGUCUGCACUGCAGUGGAAGAGCCAUGGUCAUGGGCCUCCUCUGUUUCUGUCUCUGCUGUCAGGCUAUAGCCCUGGUGUUGGAGAGGCGAGGCCUUUACUGGCCACCCUGCCUCUCACAAGCUGUGUCCAGUCUGCUGCAGCAGUGUGGCUCCCUCUAGGGGCCAUGGGUGGGAUAGCUGCUAUUGCCUCUAAGACUAAGACUGACCAGAAUUCACCUGGUGUUGCUGGCCUCAGACUUGAGGUGACUCUGCUUCAGCCUCCUGCGUAGCUGGAGUCCAGGUGUGGCACUGCACCCAGCUUGAAAGCCUUUCAGUAGACCCCAGGACCCCCGCACAGCACAUCAGAAGGGUUCUGGCAGCACAGCUGUCACCUGUGUGCAGAGAGGGAUUGCUGCUAGCUAGAUAGGUUCUUUGGGGCACUGUCACAUCCUUUUGUGACAAUCUUGGUGCCUUGUCAGGUCCUUUGACUUCAGUAGUUUCCCUUACAAAGGAUUUUGUGCCCAAACUUAUUGGUCUUUCAUGUGACUUUUGAGACAAGGUUUCACUCUUUGAACUCACUUUGUAACCUAGGUUAGCCUUUAACUCAGUCCUGCCUCAGCCUCCAGAGUGCUGGGGUUACUGGUUAUGCCACCACACCCAGCCUUCAUGUGGUUUUUGAGUCAUAGAAAACAUUCCUCUUACACUUUGUAGAGGGACUCAACUUUUGAUCAUGUUUUCUUGCGCCGUUUCAUUUUUCAUAUUUAAAGCCUGCAUCCACGUGCUUAUUCUUGCAUAUGUAUUAGGUUUGUCUCAUUUCUACUUUUUGUAAUGACUGACCAGUACCAGCUCUCUGAAAUGCCGUGGUUAUUGGUAGGGCCUAGACCUAAAGUGUCACCCAAAGGCUCAUGUUUGCAGGUGGAGCUCUUGGGACGUGAUCAGAUCACAAAGGCCCUAACUUUGUCAGAGGGCUAAUGUAUCAAGUUCACAGCUCAUGGUGGGGCCCUGGGGCACGGCCUUCAGGUGCUUUCCCUUCUCCAAGCCCUGGUGCCCAGGGGAGCAGCCUCCCUCUGCCACAACCUUCUUCCCACCACACACCUAAAAGCAACGGAAUGGCACACCACAGACCAAGACAUCUGCAACUGUAAGCCAAAGCAAAUCCUUAUAAACUAGUUGAGUCCCUCUCUGAGCCUUGUGCUCCCAGAUGUCUUUAAUCACAGAACUCUGUAACAGGUUUGUUCUGACAGAGGCUUCAUAUAUCCUGGGUCUAAAGGUCAGAGCAAGUAGAACCUAAUUUGCAAAUAUCUUCUCCCAGUUGACAGCUUUUAAUUCUACUAAGCAUCUUUUGAACCAGCACAGUGGCACAUGCCUAUAAUCCCAGCCACUGGGGAGCCUGAAGCAAGAUCACAAGUUUGAGCUCAGCCUGGGCAACUCUGCAAGACCCUGUCACAAAGAAAGCAGGUAGGUGUGAGUAGUGGACUUGCCUAGCACAAGCAAGGCCUGGAUUUGAUUCUAACACCAAGGGAAAAGUAGUCAGGCAUAGCAGUGCGUAACUGUACCCCCAGCUACCUGGGAGGUUACCUUGUUCUUUAGAAUAUAAAAUUAUUCCUAACUAAAAAAUAAUCUUUCUCAGGUAGGGUCUUGGUAUGUAGCUCAGGGAGGCAGUGAUCCUCCUGCCUCAGCCUCCCAAGUGCUGGGGAUUACAGACCCACCAGCCCUGGAUUUUGUAUAUCUUUUUCAGUAACCAAAAAUGAAAAACAGUAAUAACGUCCAUAGUUUUCAAAAUUUAUUUGACUUUAUUUUUAAAAAGUCACAUGUACAUAUAUCCUGUUUUUAAAAUAUAAACAGCACGUCUGACACCUACAGAACAAGUCCACACCGGUAACUUCUGAGAACCAUUUUGCUGUGUCACAGGUAAAGAAUAAAUAAUAGUGCUUUGAGAGAACACAGUGAUGGACAGAGCAGGUCAAGCCUCAGCGCAGAUGCUGUUGCAGUGAAGCACCCAGUAGUGACGUGUGCAAGGUACAGAGCCUCAGGGCAGAUGCUGUUGUAGGGACACGCCCAUAGUGUCGUGUGCAAAGGUACAGAGCCUCAGCGCAGCGCAAAGGCCGGCAGACCCUGUUGCAGGGAUGGGCCCUGGUAGUGACGUGUGCAAAGGUGCUGGUCUCCACAGCAGAAGCAGCCCUGCCCACUGAGACAGCCUCCACACCUGGCUGCAGGUGCAGGGGUAGGACUUGGGCACAACGGGCACAGGGUGGGGACUGGGCCUGAGGAAAUGCUUCAGACAAAGGGACUGUACUCUACCAAGCGGUACACAAUUUAACAAAGGCAAUCCAGCCACCUGUCACUCUUUGGUGGUGAGCUGGGCCACCCCAAAUGCAGACACACACGGAGCUCCUCAGUGUGACAGGGUGAUCUGGACAGGUCUUAGCAAAGCUAUCAGAGCUGUAGCAUUAAUUGGACAUCCCUAGAUUUCAGAAAACAUUAAUUGCUAAUUAUAAGUACACAAGCCAGACUCACGGCCCACGCCCAAGGCUGGGCAGUCAUUUCCCUGCACGACAGUCAGCUGCACCAAGCCUGGAUCGUGCUUCACCAAGUACAGUUAUAGAGCAGAGAAGGCGAUUAGCCCAGAUGCUGAAGUUUGUACUUAACUGCUAUAACUACGUUUUAAGGUAUUUCUUAAGUUGAACUGAAGAAAAAGUCCAGCCCCCAUAUCCUUAUGUGCAGCUGGCUGUCUGGUCAGGGCUUUCAGAGCUGGAUGUUGGUUGAAUUGAGGAUUCGAGAAGCAGCGUCAGAUUUGGAGGCCUUUGAAAGUUCUCGCUGUUAGAAAGUAAACCACGUUAGUGGCGGCACUGCCCCUCCCGCCGCGCCCCUCCUUCCUAGGCAUGGUUAGGGUCAGCAGGAAUCCUGAGGACAGUUCUGGGAAACAGGCCCUAGCACAGCAGUCUGUUAGCAGGUGAGGAGCUCCGAGCGCCAUGCUGUUAGUCACAUGGCCCUGAGCCCUUUCCUCAGCCAGCGCCUGCUAGAACCUCACCCAAGACCCCCCUUCCACUUCACAAAGCUACUCGUAAGAGCUAAAAGCUAAGUGAGCAAUGGCGUUGGUUUCUUGAGCCCUUUACAAAACAGUGGGCUGCCCAAUUUAUCUACCAAUCCCUGGGGCCGAGGGCCUGGCACCUGCUGGUGGCCUGAUCUCGUGCUGGAGCACAUGGUAUAGAAGCAGGAGACAGCAUGAAUGACCCGAGAAAGGUGUCAGUGGGGUGAGGUUAGUGCCUUAGAGUUGCCGGUGGAGUUUAUCAGCCACAGCAACAAGGACCGGAAGCAGUCUUGGCUGAGCAAGCACACGAGAAACCGGCCUGCAGAGGGACACACACCCACUUCUACAGGUAUGUCAUUUGGAAGAGGCCGAGUAUAAAGCUAGUUGCUGUGCUUCACCUACCCCACAAUAACAUGGGGGGAAGCCUAGGCUUUAACUCAGUAUCCCUCCAGGAACCGGGUGGCUUCACCUCCCACUGGUAGGAUAGAGACAGAGGAUUUUAGUAAAGGCAUGACAGGUGGGUGUUAGCAGACACAGCAGGAUACAAGGUGAAGACCAGGCUGGAAAAAUUACUUCCCAGUGCUGCGUACAUGCUUAGUGGCUUAGGAUGUAGACACAGGCAAAGGUGAGGAAGCAAGCAGCGGCAGCUUAGGCAGACAGGAAGUUGAUGAUCAGCCUCAAGAGGUUAGUAAGGCAUAUGCUCCAGGACACAAAUCAGCAAACAGGCCAAGAACCUCACUGCAAGCAGCACACAGCUGGGGCUCCCCUACCCACAUGACAGGGCCUUCCUUCUUUCCAGCAUACUUUAGGUCUUGGAUGUCAUAAUUGAGGAGGGUGCAGGUUUUCCGUGAAACAGUAGAUAAAAAGAAAUCUUCAUCUGACUUUAGGUGCGGCUGAGAAUCCAAUUCAAGUCUGAACAAGUUUCCCUAUUAAUCAUAAGUUAAUCAUUUGCAAUAUAAGAUACUUGUUUUUGGAAGUCUCUAACCGAAAUCCCUGUUUUUGUGUAAGAAGGAUUCUGUGAAAAUACAGCUGAGAUUAUGAGUUAGUACAGUCUUGUGCCCAGGUGGGAAUGAAGCCAGCAGACAACAGAUCAGAUUGGAAAAGGGGUCACAGGACAUGCAGGAGUCGCCAUACAGACCUGAAGCCCAACAGUGGAGCUGUCAGAGAGGAAUGGAUCCUUCUAAGAACAAAGAAUUAAGAUAGUUACCAAGAACUCCACCAAGAGUGCACCAGGGUAGUGAACAGUGGGUCACUUCCUUUAGCCAGGGGAUGGCUUUAUCUUGAGCAGGAUUCAGGUUAAAUAUCCAGUGCUGCUGCCAACUUCCAUCCUACACACCCUGCGUAAGCCAGCCACACCCCACCAUGGCCAAGGCAGGAAAGGGAUUCUCAGCCUGAGGUAACUGACCUGACUACUCUGAGUGCUCUAGGGAAGAUCCCACUGCCCCAACUGUGUGCUCCCCAGAGACUGGUAGAUAUUAGAAAAGGUGAAUUACCGCAAAUUCAGAAUAGGUGCUGGCAACAGAAUUAAUGCUGAAGGUGCGCUGGAGGGGCGCUGAGCCAGGGUACCCACCACUCAGAAAGCUUCCGCUAAGCUCUACGUUCUCCUUGUUGGCCCCAACUCUGUUGGCACGGGGAGUUUUCUUUCCUGAACAGGUCGAAGUCACUCCUGGCUGCAGAGAAGAAAAACAGAUCUGUAUUUCUCUUUAUGAACAGACACAUGCACACGACUCCCGUGAUCAAGGUUUUUCCUUGCAGUUCUGGAGACUGAAGGCAGGGCCUUCAUGUAGAGCCCCACCCCGCCUCCUCUUUGGUGAAAACGGUCUGACCUUCCUGCCUCAGCAUCCCAGAAUGGUGGGGUUGUAGGCAUGGGCCACUACAGCCAGCUGUAAUACCACGUUAUAUAACGCAUGUCUAUAAUCCUGGGCUUUGGUUUGGGAGAAAGUACAUGACCUUUAACACCUAUCCUGAACUUGGCCUAAUUUGCAAGGCUGGUCCUUUCCUAGAGGUCUCCAUCUCUCUCCCUUUGAUCCCACCUAUAUCUGGUGACCCACUGUCACUGGGCUGGAACCCACAUCCAGGGGGACCUAGUUCGGUGCCACCUGAUCCUCACUAUCCCAACACAGCCCAGGACUUCCUGUGGUAUAAGUGAGGAGGCUCGGUGACUUUUUAAUCUCGUUAGUUUUUGAUUAUCUAAUGAUUGUCUGGUUUAUAUUUAUCAACUCAGCAUCUUAAUGAAAACUGAAUCCAGGAUCUUGGAAAGGAGCCGAAGAGGUGGAACGUGUGGAUACACAGAGUGCAUGGAGACGCACUGCACACAGUGCACUAACCUUGCUGCCAGAAGGAGGAAGUCGAGACGUGGGGGAGUGGAACACUGUCCCCCCAAAGGCAGGACGGAUGCUGCUAUUGGCUGCAGCAUUGGACAUGACGGUAGUGUUCAGCUGAGGAGGAGAACAGAUACAUUACUGAUGUGCGGUAGCACGCUCAGCCUGGCCAGCAACCCACCCCCCUGGAGAGAGACAUGACUACAGUGGGAAGCAGGGCAGGAGAGACCAGUCUGCUUGCUAAAGGGCCUGCUGGGUCUAACACAGCCUUGAGGAAAUGUGAAAUGUUCAAAGCAUAUUUGUACCAACACAUGGGACUGUAAAGUGGUACAGCGGCUUAUGGCACAGACGCCUAUCAUCUGACCCUAAUGGGGUACCCAGAGACGUAAGCAGAUAUCCACAGACUUGUGAGUAUGACAAUCGCUGGGUACGGUGGCUCACACCUAUAACCCCAGCUGAGGCAAGGGAAUCAUUGCAAGUUCUAGACCAGCCUGACUUACAAAGUGAGCCCAAGGCCAGCCUGAGAGCAAGAGCCUGUUUCAAAGACCAGGAAAAAAAAAAAAAAAAAAAAAAAAAAAAAAUAUAUAUAUAUAUAUAUAUAUACACACACACCCACAUACAUAUAUAAAUAAAUGAGUAUGGUAGUUGUAUUUGUAAUAGCCAAGGCUAAAAAUGGGAUACUGGUCCACAAUAAAAAGGAAUGAACCUCAAAAAAAAAAAAUCAUAUUGAGGGGGCUGGGGAUUUAGCUCAGCGGCAUAAGUGCCUGCCUUGCAAGCAGGCAGUCGUGAGUUCGAUCCUUGGUACUGGUAAAAAUGAAAAAAGACAAAAAACAAACAAAAAAUCAUAUUGAAUGAAAGAAGCUAUACAAAAAAAGAAAAGUAUGCUUCUAUCUAUAUAAAAUGUCAGAAAAUGAAAAGUAAUAUGCAGUGAAUUCCGAAAAUUUCUUCCACCAGAGGCUAAGGGAGGAGGAAAGGAAUACGAAAUAGCACUAAGAAACCGGGGGGGGGGGGGCCCAGAUAUGUCCUCCACAGUAUUUGAUCAUGGUGAUGGUUUCAGGAAUGACACAUACCAAAACUCAGCUGGGCAGAGUGAUGUGUACCUGUAAUCUGAACACGCCAAGUGGGCAAAACUUAGAGCUAAAAGUUUCACGUGCUGGCUAGGGUCUGAGCCCUUGUAACACCAAGGCAGUGCCAGCCAAGAACUGUCAGCCACGUUGUUAUCACAGGCUGAUUAGUGCAGUCAGGACUCGACAUCCUGCUCUACAGAGUAAGAAGUAUUAAAUAUUUCUUUAAAAAGCUUCCAUUUAUGAUAUAUGAACAUUGGCUUUCACCUAGUACCAUGGUAACCUGUUGAAACUGCAGGAUGAUGAACCUGUGAAGGUUUCAGUGCCACAGAAUAUCGGCGAUUAGUAGCCUAGUUUACUGAACUGGCGCACAGCGAAGCUGGCCCCUCCUCUGCUGUCACUGGGAGCCACUGCUCACAGCUGGACCUCAGUGCUCCACUCACUCAGAUGAACCCAGUCUGGAACAGACAAAACCUCUCUUCCAUCUCAGCAGACCGGCGGGCAACAGUGAGUGUGGAGCCCGACUUCCCCCGCUCACGAGUGGCAGGACACAGUGGUUUACCUUGCGCACUUUGCCAGGCGUGUUGGGAGCCAGAACUCGCCGCUUGCUGGGGGUCCGGGGAGCACUGCCGUACAGUACCUCUGUCUCUGUCUGCUUCUUGUUCUUCAAUUGCUGUGUGGAAGUCAGAAGCAACAGUGAUGAGUCCCAGGGAACAGGUCUGGGAUGGGAACAGGAGCAGGGCUGACACCCGGCGGCAAGCCUCUGCUGCUAGAAGGAGCUGCCAGAGGCUGCUGCAUCUUAAAUCCACCCUGACCCUGGCAGAGACGUAGUUGCUGCUCCAGCCCUCCACUUCUCAUGCACACUCACCCUCUCCUGCUUGGCUCUCUCCUUCUCCAGUCUGUGAGUCUCCCACUGUUCCAUCACAUACUCCAUGAAUUUCUGCCCAUUCACUAGAAACGCCGUCGAUUGCUCCUGUUCCCACAUCUCAAUCCGUGUCUUCAGCUCCUCUUCCAGCUGAGACCAGAAACAAUGACAUGUUCAUUCUUCAAGUCUCUGGUGUGACGCCCAAAGGAAAUGAUCAUCCUAGAGUAAGUCCACUAAGUAUACCUACAAUCCUACCACAGGAGGCUGAGACGGGAGGACCAUAAGUUGGAGGCCAGCCUGGGUUACCUAUACCAUUUCAGAACAAAAACCUAAAAAGAGCAACUCUUCCCUUCCUGGAGCAUUACUAGCCUGAUUCUGGGUAGCAGGACAACCAUGGCUACAGGUCAGAAUGACCACAAGUCAGAGUCUAAGGAUGCUUUAUUCACAACCCACACAGAGGCGAGAAAAAGCAAGAAGCCGAGUCAGGGUUCUGAGGGGAUUUUGUUUUGGUACCAGGAAUUAAACUCAUGGACUCAUCCUUGCCAGGCAGGCACUGUGCUGCUGGGCUGUAUCUCCAGCCCUGGCAAGAUCGCCGAUGUUACCUAGACUGUACACUGCAAGGAGGA